CUGCUAAAGAAAGGAGAUCGAUCGACCAAUCGAGCCAGCCAGCCAGCGAUUUGCUUCUUUCUUCCCCUUAUCGAGAAGAGAGGAUUCCAGCCGUCCUGCCCCACGCAGCGCAGGGAGGAAGGAAGGAGGGGGAAGAAGAAGAUAUAGUUGCUGGUUUGCCAUUUCUAGCUCCAAGAAGAAGAAGAUAAUAAGAUUGUAGAGAGAGAGGACAUCCGCAGCCGGCCGGAGAGGAGAAGAUCGGAGGCGCUUCGGUAGCUUGGGCUGCGGAUUUGACUCGCGCGGACCCCUGCCUUCAUUCCAUCGAUGGUUGAAUCGGAGGUUGACGCGUCGGCGUCGGCGGCAGGGGAAGCAACGACGGCAACGGCGGUGCUCACGGCGCCGCUGUCCCUCGAGGGCGGGCUCGCGGCGGAGCUCAAACCGGCCAACAUCGUGCAGCGGGUGCUCAGCCUCUUCCGGAACGUCAGGCCGGGCGCCGAUCUCUCGCACUUCCAGCUGCCUGCCACGUUCAACCUCCCGAAAUCUCAGCUCCAGUUGUACGGGGAAGGUGUCUACUGCGCGGGAGAAGACUACCUGAGCAGAUGCGCCCGAGGCAAGGACAGCCUGGAGCGGCUCACGGCGGUCGUGGCGUGGAGCAUCUCGACGACGAGGCCGCCCAUCUUCGGCUUCGCGCCCUACAACCCGGUGCUCGGAGAGACGCACCAUGUCUCCGGUGGCUCAAUCCAUGUUCUCCUUGAGCAGGUGUCUCAUCGUCCCCCGGUCUCCGCGCUUCACGCCACCGACGACGGUGGGAACGUCGAGCUUGUAUGGUGCCAGAACCCAGUGCCGAAGUUUCAUGGUACUAGCAUAGAGGCGACCGUGAACGGCAAUAGGCAGGUCAAGCUUCUGAAGUUCAAUGAGACCUACGAGGUGGAUUGCCCGAACCUUCUCAUAAGGCUUCUGCCCGCUCCCUCGGUCGAGUGGUCGGGGACCGUCAGGAUCGCCUGCAAAGAAUCCGGUCUUGAGGCGGAGCUGAGCUACCACAGAAGCCGCUCCUUCUUGGGCAUAGGAGGCGACGCGAGGUGCGUGAAGGGCAAGGUCUUCCGUUCGUCAUCCGGCUCGCAGGAGACCGUCUGCGAGAUGGAUGGCCACUGGGAUAGGACUGUCUCAUUGAAGGAUGUUCAGAGCGGGGAGGUUUCGGUUCUGUACGAUGCAGAGCGCGCCAUCGGUAACCUCAUCACACCCGAGGUCAAAGAUAAAGAGGAGUUGUCGUCUUCGGAGUCGGCGGUGGUCUGGAGCGAAGUCAGCGAGGCUAUCCUAGCAAAGGAUUGGGAUAAGGCUAGCGAGGCGAAGCGGCAAGUGGAGGGCAGAGCUAGGAGGCUUGACAAGGAGAGGAAUGAGAGAGGAGAGGUGUGGAUGCCCAAGCACUUCUCAUUGUCUCAGGACAAGAAUGGGAACUGGGAGUGCUGGCCGUUGGAGAAAUCAGUGCGUCCAGCUCCUAUCAUUGUACCUUCUUCAUGACAGUACAUCCCAUGUAACAAGUGUUAAAUUAUAUAAUAAAGCUGACCAUUUUUUAACAA